UCUCUCUCCCUCUCUCUCCAGGCCCAAGCAGAAAUGUUGAAAACUCAGUACUCUCCCCUAAACAGUACUCACACCCAGGUAAAAGCGGCUGCAAAUCACUCCAAUCCAGAAAUAUCCAAGCCAAUCCUCCCACCCACCACCAAUUAGUAAAUCCCAAUAACCGAAGCCAGAGAAGUGGAUCGAGAUCUCACCGAUCAACGAUUCGAACAAGAAGAAUAACAACAAUCGUCACAUGGUCUACGCCGCCACUCCUACAAAGAUCGGGUCGAUCGACGUGUCACUGGCGGAGGAGCUCAGCGCGAUCCGCCUAAAGCUCGAGCGGAUGAGAUUGGACAAAGAGGAGACGGAGAAGAUGCUGAGAGAGAGGGAUUUGGCGAUGGAGGCCGGUAUGAAGGAGCUGGUCGAGAGAGGGGAGAUACAGAAGAUGCUCAAGAUCGAGGUCGAUCGCUUGUUUCGGUUGAAGGAGCUCAAGAAUGCACAUUGCACACUGCAGAUUUGCUUCUAUUUUGGCCGUACACUAGAAGCCCAAGAAGAUAAAAUGGGGCAAGGACAAUAUUGUCAUUUCACCAGGGGACUGUGGGGACCAAAGACCAAAAUGACGUCGUUUUGGUCAAAUGAAUUUUAAAAAAACGGAAGGCUCCAGAUCUGGAACCAAUCUUCUUUAUGACCCAAAAAAAAAGAACUUUUUCUUAACGUGG